GUUGAUGUCGUUUGUUGUACUCUCCGCCAAUUCAAAGUAUCACUGACUCCUACGAAUCAAUAAAACGAACGCAGAGGGACUGAGGGAGUAAGAAGAAACAAGGAGCAUCAAAGUUUAAGCGGAAAAAAGAAUAAAAUUGAAAUUUGAGGGAGAAACAAUGGAAGUGAAAGCUAGAGCUCCAGGGAAAAUCAUCCUCGCCGGAGAACAUGCUGUGGUGCACGGAUCCACGGCCGUGGCUGCCUCCAUUGGCCUCUACACCCAUGUUUCUCUUCGAUUCCCCACUCCCUCUGACAAUGAUGACUCGCUAAAACUCCAGCUCAAGGAUAUGGCUUUAGAAUUUUCAUGGCCAGUUACUAGAAUCAAAGAAGCACUACCUGAACUUGGAAGUUCGCUCUCUCCAACUCCCACAUCAUGCUCAAUAGAGUCCAUGAAAUCAAUUGCAGCUCUAGUUGAAGAACAAAAUAUUCCAGAAGCAAAAGUUGACCUUGCUGCUGGAGUUUCAGCUUUUCUCUGGCUAUACUCCUGUAUUCAAGGCUUUAAGCCUGCUACGGUGGUUGUCAAUUCUGAGCUUCCUAUGGGUUCGGGCUUGGGUUCAUCUGCUGCAUUUUGCGUUGCACUCUCAGCUGCUCUCCUUGCUUUUUCAGAAUCUGCAAGUUUGGAUAUGAACCAGCAGGGGUGGUCAGUUUUUGGGGAAAGUGAACUUGAAUUGGUGAAUAAAUGGGCUUUUGAAGGUGAAAAGAUACUUCAUGGAAAGCCAUCUGGACUUGACAACACUGUAAGCACAUAUGGCAACAUGAUCAAGUUCAAGUCAGGUAAUUUGACACGUCUCAAGUCAAAUAUGACACUCAGAAUGCUCAUUACCAACACUAAGGUUGGGAGGAAUACAAAGGCAUUAGUUGCUGGUGUUUCAGAGAGGACCUUAAGGCACCCAGAUGCCAUGAGUUUUGUGUUUAAUGCAGUUGAUUCUAUCAGCAAAGAGUUGUCUGCCAUUAUACAGUCUCCGGCUCCUGAUGACCUCUCCAUUACAGAGAAGGAAGAGAAGAUAGAAGAGUUAAUGGAAAUGAAUCAAGGUCUCCUCCAGUGUAUGGGAGUCAGCCAUGCUUCAAUAGAAACUGUUCUUAGGACAACGUUGAAGUACAAGUUAGCUUCCAAAUUGACAGGAGCUGGUGGUGGAGGAUGUGUUCUGACGCUGUUGCCAACCCUGCUAUCAGGAACAGUUGUUGAUAAGGUAAUUGCUGAGCUGGAGUCGUGCGGCUUCCAAUGUCUGAUUGCUGCAAUAGGUGGUAAUGGUGUUGAGGUUUGCUUUGGUGGUUCAUCCUGAUUUUUCCUUCACAGUGAUGAAUAAGAGUGGAUGGAUAACCAUUCAUUUGCAAGUCACCCUUUUGCCAAUAUGGCGAAUUAAUCACAUUCAAGGUAGCGAUUGAACAACCUAGGAUUUACUCUUGUGCGUAUGCUGUAGAUGAUUUAUUUACUCCCUACCCUUCUGAUGGGUUAACUUUCUACCUAAGCUAUGCCUAUCCUGAAGAAAAUAAAUAUAUAGUUAAUAAAAACGAAUUCUUGCUA